AUGGCAAUGCCUCCUCCUUAUUACCAAAAUAAAGUUGAUGAGGGAUAUCAACGAAACAAUUCUUUUCGAAGGCACAGUGGGAAUGGUGGGGACAAACCAAAUGUUCCACGUAAUUAUAAAAGUUUUAAGGAGGUUUCUUUUAAAGUCUUUAACCUCAGAAAAAGCACCACCGCUAGCGAAUUAAGGGAUUUUUUUAAUAAAUAUAGCCCAGUAUUUAUGGUUAAAAUUGAUACGAAAGAUGACAAUGGAUGUGAACCUAUCGGAAGCGCACCACCUCCUACUAAUCAUUUUUGGAAAGAUGAUCUUAAUUUUAAUGGGCAAAAGUUGGAAUUACGAUAUAGAGAUUCGUCUGCCAAUUCUCCUCAAUUUUAUGACAAUACUGAUGGAAAAUAUAAAUUGAAACAAAAUGUGUUCUCAGUAGAAUGUCUUGAACUUGGUGUUUUUUUGCAAAAAGAUAUUUUUGUAAGAGAGCUCAAAUAUACCGACCGAUUAAGUUUUAUAAUUGAUUAUGAGAAACGAAAUAUUCAAGUAUUAUUCGGGGUACAAAAUGAAGUUUCUACAUUCAAGUUGGAAUUACAAUUUAAAGAUAUUGCUAGCGAAUUUAUUUCCGAGUGGGACGAAGUAAAUGAUCGAUCGCACGUGUAUCUCACCAUCGAAAACAAAUUUCCUGCUAAGUAUUCGAUGUUAGAUACAAGUAUGAAAGUAAAGAACAAGUUCAGUUGGAGCCUUAAUGACCAUUGGAGAAGAAAGACUGAAAUACGCACAAAUCGACCCGACGAUAAUAGAAACAUUCCUUUACAAUUAAAUAUGCCCAACCAUAUCGAUUUGUUAGGCAAAGUGAUCGUUUUUAGAAUCACUUUUAACCUUCAACAAAUUUACGGAAUAAAGGAGUUUGAAUCUAUGUUGAUGCAAGCCGGUGAAUAUAAUCUUGCUUCCAAGCCUUUUGAAUUGAAUCCUCGAUUAAAAGUUAUCCCAGGGGACAAGUUGCAGAAACAUGUUGAUAGAUCAAUGUUGGAUUUCGAUUUACUCUAUUGGGUGGAGAGUAAUUUAUCCCACAAUUACUUACAUGACUACAAUUUAAGUGACGAAUUCUAUAAGAUAUUAGUUGGUCUGCCAAAACAUAUGGGAUUAGAAAUUAUCGAAACUUUUUCUUCCCAUAAACGAAGAGAAUUCGAGCCCCUUAAAUACCUCAAUAACGAAGUUCAGAAACAGAAAAAUCAACCUCGAAAAAUACGUAAUGUUCCUCCGUAUUGUGUUAUGAUGAGGAAAGUGGUGGUUACACCGACUACCAUGUACAUCCUUCCUCCCACGAUGGAAACAUCAAAUCGCGUUAUUAGACAUUUUAAGAGUUAUAAGGAUAAUUUUUUACGUGUUCAGUUCACAGACGAAGCUUCGGGAACUGUUGGGUCGUCAAUUGGAAACAACGCCAAUAAUGCUUUAUAUAAUAGGAUUUAUAAUGUUCUUCUUACUGGUAUUAAGAUUGGUGAUCGUCAUUACGAAUUUUUGGCCUUCUCGUCUAGUCAAUUAAGAGAGCAUUCUUGUUGGUUUUUCGCUCCUGCACACGAUCUAACAGCAGAUGAUAUCCGAGCAUGGAUGGGUGAAUUUUCUUCUAUCAGAAAUGUUGCAAAAUAUGCUGCUCGUAUGGGGCAGUGUUUCUCAAGUACACGUGCAAUUGCACAAUUACGUGUUACUGAUAUCAAAGAAAUUCAUGAUAUUGAAAGGAAUAAAUACAAUUUUUCUGAUGGCACGGGAAAGAUUAGUCCUAACUUAGCUAAACAUAUCGCUACUACCCUUGAAUUAAAAACUACCCCGUGUGCCUUCCAAUUUCGAUUGGCGGGAUAUAAAGGUGUUCUUUGUAUAUCAAAAUAUUUGCGUGGUCAGCAAAUUCAAGUUCGGCCGAGUCAACUCAAAUUUGAGUCGAACCAUAAUGUGCUUGAAAUCAUUCGAGGCUCCUGUAUGAUCACCGCCUAUUUAAACCGUCAGGCAAUCACAUUGUUAUCAACAUUGGGAAUUGCUGAUAAAAUUUUUAUUGAUAUGAAAGAUGAGCAAGUUGCGGAGCUUGAUAAAAUGCUUAAAAGCGAUCCUACUGCAAUUAGAGUUCUACAACAAAAUAUUGACGAGUAUGGAAUGACUCGAAUAUUGGCAGACCUCGUGAAGGCAGGGUUUCUUAGUAGAAGGGAUCCCUAUUUAGUAAAUCUUAUCUCAUUAUUUCGAAUCGUUGUUCUAAGAGAUCUCAAAAAAAAGGCCAAAAUUCGUGUUUCUGAUGGUGCCUUUUUACUUGGAGUGCUAGAUGAAACCGAAUCGUUAAAGGAAGACGAAAUAUAUGUCUGUAAAUCCGAUCCUAAUAAUCCAAAUGCAAGGCAUGUAUUCAAAGGUACUUGCAUUGUAUUCCGGAAUCCAUGUUUUCACCCCGGAGAUAUCCGUGUUGUUACAGCUGUAGAAUGCAAGAAUUUGGAUCAUCUAAUUGAUGUUGCAGUAUUUCCAUCUGUGGGAUAUCGAGAUAUCCCAAGCCAAUGUAGCGGAGGUGAUUUAGAUGGCGACGAUUUCACUGUUAUCCAUGAUCCAAGGCUUAUACCUAGAGGAGAUAUUGUCGAAGCGAUGAACUACGAGGCGCCUAAACCCGCCUUUGUUCCGGAAGUGACUAUAGAUCAUGUGAAAAAAUUCUUCGUAAAUUAUAUUCUAUCUGAUCAAUUGGGUCAAAUUGCCAAUUCUCAUUUAGUCAAAGCAGAUAAGGCUCCAAAUGGUGCCUUUCACGGUGAAUGUAUCAGACUAGCACAAUUACAUUCCGAGGCAGUCGAUUUUCCCAAGACAGGGAUUCCGGCAGAAUUUCCGCCAGAACUUAGGUCAAGAGAUGCACCAGAUUUUAUGGAAAAACCGGAUAAGCCGUAUUAUGAAUCCCAAAAGGUUCUUGGAAAGCUAUAUAGAUCAAUUGUGGUGGAUGAAUUUAAUCCUUAUACGGAUAUCAAAUUCGACGAGCGCUUUUCACUCGAAAGAUUCCAAGGCACUUUUGAACAUUAUCUAGAAGAUUCUCGAAAAAAUAAACGGGAUUAUGAUGCAGAAUUGCGGGGAUUAAUGAAUCAAUUUGGUAUUUCAUCCGAAUACGAAGUUGCUAGUGGGUUUAUUGUUAAACCAACUGUAAGAAUUGAAAGAAACAAACCGCGAGAUGUUCAAAAAUCUGUUGCAGAUAAUGCAAAUGCGAUUAAACGACAGUAUCGUAAGAUAUUCGAAAAAGGAUUUGAUUUAGAGAAUGUUAUUUCCCCAGAUAUUAAACACCAAAUGGAGGCAAAAGCAUUUGCGUGGUAUUAUGUAACUUAUCACCCAAGUGAGAUGGGAGAUGAUCCUUCCGAAAGGAUGAUCACCUUCCCGUGGAUUAAUUCGGAUAUCCUCAUCAAUAUCGUUACUGGAAGCAGCGCGAAAAAUGUGAAAAUUCCCAAGCCCAACGGCCUUGAAAAGAAUAAAAGGUCUUCUUCCAAUUUCCGUCAGGAGAAUUUCUCAACUAUUAACAAUAAUGACCCUGAUGACGAUGGUUUAAGAAAUUUAAGAGAAAGCCUUCAAAGGAACAAAUAA